CCAGACUCUCGCGGGGUUUAGCGUGGCACUGGGAGGCCGGGCUGGGGGAAGGGGGUGGUGGUCCGUUAUCGGCGUUGGGUUUCGGCCGCUGUGACCGCGCUUUCUCCUCUGUGCACGGGGAGCUGCUCAGGCUGGAGGCCAGCCAGCUCUUUCCGCCGCCUCGGUAGCGAUGGGGGCGCAGGACCGGCCGCAGUGCCACUUUGACAUCGAGAUCAACCGGGAGCCGGUUGGUCGCAUUAUGUUUCAGCUCUUCUCAGACAUAUGUCCAAAAACAUGCAAAAACUUCCUUUGCCUCUGCUCAGGGGAGAAAGGCCUUGGGAAAACAACUGGGAAGAAGUUAUGUUAUAAAGGUUCUACAUUCCAUCGUGUGGUUAAAAACUUUAUGAUUCAGGGUGGGGACUUCAGUGAAGGUAAUGGAAAAGGUGGAGAAUCAAUUUAUGGUGGCUAUUUUAAAGAGAAUGUGGUCUUUUGCAAAAUGAAAAGGUAAGAGAACGAAGCUCAGUAACACAAACUCCAAUUCUGUUCCCUUGCACCCUUCCUCAUAAAGUUAUGGACAGUCUGGGUCAGGUUGUGGCUGGAUUUCAGUAUUGCUUGAAGACUUGGAAAAUUGUGUAUACUACUUCAUACAUCUGUAUCUUUUUUCUUUCCCUGAUGGGUUAUUACUUCCACAUCAGGGAAAAGAAUCUAGUUGUGUCUUUUUUUCCCCCUAAACCAAGCAAUUUCUUUGAACAAAAGUUGGUAUUUCUUUCUUUGUCCAAGGUUUGUAUAUUUUCUUUUGUCUACUAGAACUAUAUGACUGUGUAUUAUUCCUACAGCAGUAGCAUUUGCAUAAAUCUAACUAUUGCACUUGCCCUGAAAGCCUUAGAAAAGUCAGUUGCAGAGAUUUAUAAUGGGAUCCAAUAUUACUAGGUGUUAAUGCCGUGAUAGCGCCAGUGUUAUAAUAGUCUUUUAUAUUUCUUUUGGGGAAAAUGGAUUACUACUCUUUUUCAGAAGCCUGUUCCCAAGAUGAAAACUUUAUUCUCAAACAUGACAGAGCGUUCCUUUUGUCAAUGGCUAAUCGAGGGAAACAUACCAAUGGUUCCCAGUUUUUCAUUACCACGAAACCUGCGCCGCACCUGGAUGGGGUGCAUGUUGUCUUUGGACUAGUUAUUUCUGGUUUUGAAGUAAUCGAACAAAUUGAAAAUCUGAAAACUGAUGCUGCAAGCAGACCUUAUGCAGAUGUGCGAGUUAUUGACUGUGGGGUGCUUGCCACAAAAUCAACAAAAGAUGUUUUUGAGAAAAAAAGGAAGAAACCAACUCAUUCAGAAGACUCGGAUUCCUCUUCCAGUUCCUCUUCCUCUUCAGAAUCAUCUUCAGAAAGUGAAAUUGAACGUGAGAGAAGCAGAAGAAGGAAACAUAAGAGGAGGCCAAAAGUUAAACAUCCUAAAAGAAGACGAAAGGAAGCAAGUAGCUCAGAAGAGCCAAGGAAUAAACAUGCAGUGAGUCCAAAAGGUCCCUCUGAGAGAAGUGAUAACAAUGGGGAAAGGUCAGUGGAUUCAAAUGCUAAAAGGGAAAAGCCUGUGGUCCGCCCAGAAGAGAUACCCCCAGUGCCCGAGAACCGAUUCUUGCUGAGAAGAGAUAUGCCUCUUGUCACAGUGGAACCUGAACCGAAGAUUCCUGAUGCUACACCCAUUGUAAGUGAUCAGAAACCAUCUGUGUCAAAGUCUGGACGGAAGAUUAAAGGAAGGGGCACAAUUCGCUAUCACACACCUCCAAGGUCAAGGUCCUGCUCUGAAUCAGAUGAUGAUGACAGCAGUGAGACUCCUCCUCACUGGAAAGAGGAGAUGCAGAGACUGAGAGCAUACAGACCUCCUAGUGGAGAAAAGUGGAGUAAAGGAGAUAAGUUAAGUGACCCCUGUUCAAGCCGAUGGGAUGAAAGAAGCUUGUCCCAAAGAUCGAGAUCAUGGUCUUACAAUGGAUAUUAUUCAGACCUUAGUACAGCAAGACACUCUGAUGGUCACCAUAAAAAACGCAGAAAAGACAAAAAAGUUAAACAUAAAAAGAAAGCUAAAAAGCAAAAACAUUGCAGAAGACACAAACAGACUAAGAAGAGAAGGAUUAUUGUACCAUCUGACAUAGAAUCCUCAAAAUCUUCUACCCGACGAAUGAAAUUCCCUUGUGAUAGAGAAAGGAGAUCUCGUUCUUCCUCGCUAUCCUCUCAUCACUCAUCCAAGAGGGACUGGUCUAAAUCUGAUAAGGGUGAUCAGAGCUCUUCCACCCAUUCCAGCAGAGACUCCUACAGAUCCAAAUCUCACUCCCAGUCUUACUCUAGAGGAAGCUCAAGAUCACGGACUCCAUCGAAAUCCUCCUCACAUUCCCCAAGUAGAUCAAAGUCCAGAUCUAGUUCCAAGUCAGGGCACCAACGGACAGCAUCAAAGUCCCCCAAAAGAACAGCCCCUCAGCUAAGUGAAAAUAAACCAGUUAAAACAGAACCUUUAAGAGCAACAGUGCCACAGAGUGAAACCGUCCUAGUACAACAGCCAGUGGUGGCGGAACAUAUUCCUGUGAUACCACUGAGUGACAGUCCCCCUCCUUCCAGGUGGAAGCCUGGACAGAAGCCCUGGAAGCCCUCUUAUGAGCGAAUUCAGGAAAUGAAAGCAAAAACAACCCAUUUGCUACCCAUCCAAAGCACUUACAGUUUAACAAAUAUUAAGGAGACUGGUAGUUCAUCAUCCUACAAUAAAAGAGAAAAAAAUUCAGAAAGUGAUCAGAGUGCUUAUUCAAAAUACAGUGAUAGAAGUUCAGAAAGUUCCCCAAGGUCAAGGAGCAGAUCCUCUAGGAGUAGGUCUUAUUCCAGAUCGUACACAAGGUCGAGAAGUGUAGCAAGUUCACACUCAAGGUCUAGGUCUCCCUCAUCUAGAUCUCAUUCACGAAAUAAAUACAGUGAUCGCUCACAAUGUAGUAGAUCAUCUUCAUAUUCUUCUGUUAGCAGUGAUGCUGGAAGACGAGCAAAGAGAAAACUUAGAUCCAGUGGAAAAAAUAGCACUUCACAUAAAAGGCAGAGCAGCAGCUCUGGAAAGACACCUCGCAGUAAAUAUACCAAAGGCAGAGACAAGUCUUCGUGCCCGAGAAAGUAUAGCGAAAGCAGGUCAUCCUUAGAUUAUUCUUCGGACAGUGAACACUCAGGUGUUCAGGUGACACAGUCAGCCCAGGAGAAAGAGAAGCAAGUCCAAAUGGAAAUGAGUAACAAACGAGAGAAAAACAGAGAUGAAGAGAAAUCCAAGCCUGAACGGGAAUGCCCGCGUUCAAAAAAAAGAACUUUGAAAGAGAAUCUUUCUGAUCACUUUAGAAGUGCCAAUAAGCCCAAAAGGAAGAAUUAUGCUGGGAGUAAAUGGGACUCUGAGUCGAAUUCCGAACGAGACGUAACUAAGAGCAGUAAAAAGAAUUCCCUGCCAUCUUCUGAUAAGGAGGAAGGUGAGGCCACAUCAGAUUCUGAGUCAGAGUUUAGUGAAAUUCACGUCAAAGCCAAACCCACAACAAAGUCUUCAGCAAGUUCUUCACUGCCCGAUGGUAAUGGUGCUUGGAAGUCAAGCAAACAGCAGUCAUCCACCUCUGAUUCUGAGGGGUCCUGUUGCAACUCAGAAAACCCUAGGGGAAAGCCAAGGAAGCACAAACACGCGUCAAAGGAAGCUCUGAAAAGGGAACACACCAAAAAAGUGAAAGAGAAAAUGAAAGGGAAAAAAGACAAAAAGCAUAAGGCCCCAAAACGAAAACAGGCAUUUCACUGGCAGCCUCCACUAGAAUUUGGUGAAGAGGAGGAGGAGGAGAGUAAUGAAAAGCAAGUGACUCAGGAGUCACAGGAGAAAAAACAAGCUUCUGAAAACAGUGAAACUACAAAAGAAAAUAUCCCCCAAACUGAGAAGCCCUGUGAAGACAGCAGCCUUUCAGAUAAACAGAAUGCAGUCACGAUUUUAUCAGAUACUGAGCAGCCUGCUAACGAUGAGAGUAAACUCAGCAUUUCUCCCACACCUUCAGCUACUGAGGAAAAUGUCGCUAGUUCUCCCCCAAACAUUCAGCACAUUGAAGAAAGUGUCCCAGGCAGAGUGGAAGACAUGUUUCAAGCCGAUGACAACAUGGAGAUUUGCACUCCUGACAGGAGUUCCCCAGCAAAAGUGGAGGGAGCAUCCCCUCUGGGAAAUUCAAGGCUUGACACCCCAGAAACGGGCAUCGCUGUAAAGCAGGCAGAACAUCCUGCGGCAGAGGUGGGGAAACAGGAAAGCAGCGUGUCUGAAAGCCCCACGGUGCGGGAGGUGGGGAAACCUGACAGCAGCUCCACGGGCUCAGCUGGUGCUGUGGAAAGCACAGCGAGGAGGGAGGCGGCCGAAAGGGGUCAGGUCAGCCUCCUGGAUAAUAAAUGGAAGCCCCUGCAAGGGGUGGGGAACCUGGCAGCACCAACGGCUACAUCCAGUGCCGUGGAAGUGAAGGCAUUGACGGCUGUGCCUGAAAUGAAACCACAAGGCUUGAGAAUAGAAAUUAAAAGCAAAAAUAAAGUUCGGCCUGGAUCCCUCUUUGAUGAAGUGAGGAAGACAGCACGCUUAAACCGGAGGCCUAGAAAUCAGGAGAGUUCAAGUGAUGAGCAGACACCUAGUCGGGAUGGUGACAGUCAGUCCAGGAGUCCAAGUCGAUCUCGGAGCAAAUCUGAAACCAAAUCAAGACAUAGAACCAGGUCUGUCUCCUACAGUCACUCACGAAGUCGAUCUCGAAGUUCCACAUCAUCUUAUCGAUCGAGAAGCUACUCUAGAAGUCGGAGCAGAGGGUGGUACAGCAGAGGCCGCACAAGAAGCCGGAGCAGUUCCUCCCGCAGUUACAAAAGUCAUAGGACGUCCAGCAGGAGCAGGUCCAGGAGCACCUCAUACGAUCCCCACAGUCGGUCCAGAAAAGAAUUAACAUUUUUCUGUUUAAUACGCAGGUCCUACACUUACGACAGCUACUACAGCAGGAGUCGCAGUCGCAGCCGCAGCCAGAGGAGCGACAGUUACCACCGCGGCAGAAGCUACAACCGGCGGUCCAGGUGGGUCCCUCCCCAGAACACUGCACGUGCCCGUGGGCACUGGGUGUGCGAGGCGGUAGACUUAGGAGAGAAAGCAUAAUCUUCAUAAGACAAAUCCUUUUCCUCCUCUUGAGUUUCAGCAACCCACAGGCAGCUGCUAAAUGUGGCCUUUGUAUUAAGAGUUGCCAAGGAUUGUUUGUUAGUUAUUGUUAAUGUUGACUCUAAAAUGGAUUUUUAAAUAUUCACAUCUUCCUUAGACAAACAUUUCUCUUGGAAGGAGUAAAGAGAGUAGUCCACCCAAAGCAUGGCCCACUUCUUAAAAUAGGGCUUGUUGCUAGAAACAGCAAAGCCAGUUUGUCAAUUUUUAAAAAUAAAUGUAUAAUAAAAUGUCAUAAUUAUUUGCUUUAACAGCAGAAUUGAGGUUUGUAUCUUGUCAUUUAUUUGGGGGAAAAUGUGUUUCUUAUAUAUUAUAUUUAUAAAUAUUAUUUUUUAUGUAACAUUUUGCCUAAAACUGCAAGUUGUUAUGGUGACUUUUUGUAAUAUCCCUUUCCUGGGGACUUUCGGUCAUACCCUUCCCCCACUCACUGCAGGGACAAUCAGUGAUCCUUGUAGAAUAUCAUGCUAUGUGUAAUCUGGGCACUUCCUUGUUUGAAACUCUUCAAGGGCUCCAUCCGCACUGCCCUCCGGCACACGUCCAGGUUCUAGCAUUGCACCUCAGGCCUCUCCACCCACACCUCCAGCCCAGGCUUUUCUGUCUCCCCGCUUUAAUGUGCUGGAACCUUUGCUUCUGCCUAGAGACCCCCAUGCCAGUAUCUCCCCCCCUACCUCUUGAAAUGGCCAAUCCCCACUUAUCCUGCAGGUCUCCACUGCAGCCUACUGCCCCUGGGAAGUCCUCCCUGACUGCUGACCUGAGAUAAGCCACCCCCACGCCCGUGUAUGUCAUUUGCCUUGCCACUCUUCUGUACUAUCCUUGAGCCCCAGGGAACAGCACUUGGUCCCUUUUGUGUGUGUGUGUUCCUAGUAUCUACAAAGUGGCUCCCAGUGAAUCUCUUUCCAACUAACUGGAUGGUGACCAUGUCCUCUUGACGCACGAUCAUAAUGCUCCUGUCCAUGCCCCACACCCUCACCCCUCACUGGGCACCAUUUUGCUUUCCAUACCCCUCACUUCCUCAGUCUGAUGACAUAUUGAUGACCAUUUGGGUAGCAUGGAAAAUUACUUUGCUCAUUUGCAUGAGUGGAUUUCAAAGAAUUUUCCAAGAUGUAAUAUUUCUUUAUUUUAUCUUAACCUUAAUAUUACUAUCUGCCAUUUAAAACAUCUCUGAAAAGUCCAGUGUCACCACAUCAGCACCUUCAAUCCACUCUUGUAAAUAAGAAGCUACAUCCCUAGUAGCCAGUUUUGCUCAGUAGUUAGAGCGUUGCCCCACA